UCUUUUAGCUGACUAUAUCAGAUCGAGCCCAUCUUCUGAAUGAUGUAUUCGCUAUGGCGGAGGCUCGCUUGUUGCCUUACGACUUAGCUUUGAACCUGACCACUUACCUCAGAGAGGAGAGAGACUACGUGCCCUGGGAUACCGCUUCCUCUGUAUUUUCACAAUUAUCUUCUCGGCUACGUAACACGGAGAUAUAUGAUGAUUUGCAGAAAUAUGUUCAAUCUUUGGUGGAGCCAGUAUAUCGUGAGCAGUCAUGGACGAAAAGUAAUUUCAGUGUUAUAGAAGGCCUGUUACGUACAAGAAUAUUGUCUUUGGCGACUGGUUUUAGUCUACCUGAUGCUGAAGAUAGAGUCAGAAGUCUGUUCUUAAGAAGUUUGAACAGCCACGGGACACCUGAUGCGGUCCUCAUCGACCCCGAUCUAAGAGACUUUGUUUAUUAUUACG